AUGGCCGCAUCCACAGCUUCAUCCUCGUCAUCCAUCAUCAAGUGUAAAGACUGGGAAGGUCCUUGCCGCAUUGGAACCGACUACAACAAGAGCGAUACAAGAUGCAAGGACAGAGCCGACUCCACCAUGGCGUGUGUGGACCUAUGCUGCAAACCGCUUGUUGCACCGUCUCCGUCCCCAAAGCCACAGUCCAUCAUUAAAUGCAAGGAGUGGGAUGGGCAUUGCCGCGUAGGAACCGACUACGAUCGAAACGAAAAGGACACCAGAUGCAAGGAUAGAUCGGACUCCACCAUGGCGUGUGUGGACCUAUGCUGCAAGCCACUUGUUGCACCCUCCCCUUUCGCUAAACCUUCCUCCGUCAUCAAAUGUAAAGAGUGGAAUGGAAACUGUCGUCUUGGGACCUAUUAUGACCUGAGCGAAAAGAACACUAGGUGCAAGGAUAGAACCAGCUCAACCAUGGCUUGCGUUGAUGAGUGCUGCAAGCCCCUCGUAGCGCCAACCCCACCUGCCAAGCCCUCAAUCAUCAAAUGCAAAGACUGGGAAGGUCGCUGCCGCAUUGGAACCAACUACGACCAAAAGUCAAAGGACACCCGGUGCAAGGACCGAACUAAUUCCACAAUGGCGUGCGUGGAUAUGUGUUGCAAACCUCAGUAA